CGGGCGAUAACCCCCCAGCCCCUCAGACCCCUCUCGAGUCAAAACCCUAAGCAAAAUGCCUACUGGAUGUAGAACAAAUGAAACGUACUGAGAGUAGACACCUCUGCUGAAGGAAGCUCCCCCAAUCAAUGAUGGCUUCUCAAAUGGCGAUCCUCACUCGCACCAGAACACUAAUCAAAUCCACCGCCAUUUCCAACUUCAAUCCCUUCUUCAAGACCAUCACCACCUCCACAUUCCUCUCCCAGGAGCCCCAACUCGCGGACCCAAAUCCGCCCUCGCCCUCCACCCCGCUGCCUCCCAACCCGGCCUCCGGCAGCCCUCUCUACAAUGAGAACUGGCGGAGCCCCAUCCCCAACGCGUCCCUCACUCAGUCCCUCGUCCCCCUAGGUUUCCUCAACCAGCCCCAGAGCUCUCGCAUCCAGGCCCUCUCCCAAACCCUAGACGUCCAGAGCUUGAUGAAUGUAUUUGCCGAUUGGAUGACCUCGCAGCGCUGGGACGAGAUGAAGCAGCUCUUCGAGUACUGGAUUCGGUCGCUGGACAAGGCCGGCAAACCCAACAAGCCUGAUGUGAACCUCUACAACCAUUACCUGACGGCCAACUUGAUGACCAACGCCUCGGCCGCCGAAUUGCUCGACCUCGUGGCCCAAAUGGAGGACUACGCGGUCCUCCCCAACACGGCGUCCUUCAACUUGGUCCUCAAGGCCAUGUACAAGGCCAAGGAGAUCGUCGCCGCCACCAAAUUGCUCGAACGGAUGCUGCAGACAGGGAAAGAAUCUCUGCCUGAUAAUGAGUCAUAUGAGUUGGUCGUUGGCAUGCUGUUUUUGACGGAUGAGAUUGAUGCUGCCUUGAAAUAUUUAGAUUUGGCUUUAAAAUCUGGUUAUAUGCUGUCAACGAACGUGUUUACUGAAUGUGUGCAGAGCUGUGUUAAUAAGGGCAGGCUGGAUACAUUGUUGUCAAUUAUUGAGAGGUGCAAGACAAUGGAUCAGAACAAAGCUCUUUGUCCUUCCUGGAACUUGUGCUACUAUAUUGCAGAAAUUGCAAUGCAAGAAGAUAAUAGCAAGUUAGCAUACUAUGCACUGGAGUUUAUGGCCAAAUGGAUUGCUCGUGGCGAGCAAGCAAGGCCAUCUGUUAUGCUUUCUGUAGAUGAAGGAUUAGUUAUAUCGGCGCUUGGAACUGCUGGUAGAACCUACAACUCUUCUCUUCUGGAUGCAUCAUGGGCAAUCCUACGACGCUCUUUGCGUCAAAAGAAAGCCCCUAACCCAGAAUCUUACCUUGGAAAGAUACACGCCCUUGCUUCAUUGGGCAAUCUGCAGAGGGCUUUUGGUAGUCUAAAUGAAUUUGAGUCAACUUACGGUAAUUCAGAUAAAGAAGCAGAACAAGAAAUGUUCUCUCCCUUUACCUCUUUAUAUCCAUUGGCCGUGGCAUGCUCCAAAAAGGGUUUUGAGACUUUGGACUCAGUAUAUUUUCAACUGGAGAAUUUAAGCCGUGCAGAUCCUCCUUACAAGUCUGUUGCUGCUCUAAAUUGCGUAAUUUUAGGUUGUGCAAAUAUAUGGGACCUUGAUCGUGCCUACCAAACUUUUGAGGCAAUUGGUUCCACUUUUGGAUUGACCCCUGAUAUUCAUUCAUACAAUGCUCUGAUGUACGCAUUUGGGAGGCUUAAGAAGACAUUUGAAGCUUUGAGGGUGUUUGAGCACUUAGUAAGUUUGGGUGUUAAACCAAAUGCAAUGUCAUAUUCAUUGCUUAUUGACGCUCAUCUCAUCAACCGAGAUCCAAAAGCUGCACUCUCUGUGAUUGACGAGAUGGUAACUGCUGGAUUUGUACCGUCAAAAGAAACACUUAAAAAGGUCAGAAGGCGUUGUAUUCGUGAGAUGGACUAUGAGAGUGAUGACCGGGUGGAUUCCCUGGCUAAAAAGUUCCAGUUUCGAAUGGGUACAGAGAGUCGCAGGGACAUGCUGUUUAAUAUUCGUUACAACACCGAUUUUGCCAGAUAGGUAAAUUGACAGAUGGUCGGCCACUUCUUGGUCUGGAAAAUCUCAAUGCUGAAAAUUUGGUUCCCCAAGUUCACAAGUUCUCUAGCUUUGUCUUCCAAUGAGAAUCAUGAGAUUUCAUCCUUGUUUGUAAAUGAUUUGAUAGUACUCAAUUUUGAGUGUUGGCAGGAGGUAUUAGAGUCAGAGCCACCUACAGCCUUAUUUAUACUUGUUUUUUCCUUGUUUAAUGUAUUCUUUCUGUGCUUUCUGAGGAAAACUAGAGGGCAGUGACUUGCUAAACGAGAGAGUAGGGUUUGAAAGUUGACGAAUAAUCGUAGGAGAAACCCAAUAAUUUAGAAUAUUUGGAGUAGGCUUUCCAUUUCCCUGUCAAUAUUUGGUGGGUUUUUGUUGCGGCCGUUGAAAUGCAAUAAUGGAAUGCAAUUAACCUGCUU